CACUACAGCGGGCGCACACACAAACAAAAAAGACAAAAGCUGAACUGUGAUUCUGUGAAGGGAAGUGAUUAAACGUGACAUGGCCGAGUGCAGGACGGAGGUGAUAUUUUCACCGCAAACGAAUGAGCCAACCUGAACUGCAAACUAGUAGCUCUGAAUUUCUGAAGCUUGCUGAACUGGAGUAAAGCUUGAGAGCAAGACGAGCCCGCGGCGCGCCAAUGGCGGCGGCGACGGGCGUUCACCGUCGCCACUGGUCGGGCUGGAGGAUUGGGGGAAGUUCCCACUUCGUUCCUCUGAAGGUUAUGCACACCAGUGGCGGCUGCGCAGCGCGUUCGCUCAGCCCCGGCCUCUCCCCAGCCAAACGGGCGCCGCUGGUAUUUCUCUUCCUCCUGCUCAUUGACGGCGCCCUCUUGGCCGCGUCUGCCACCACGGACACCAUCCUCCCCGGCGAGGGCAUCUCCGGUAACGAGACCCUGGUCUCUAAGACCGGCAGCUUCGAGCUGGGCUUCUUUUCCCCAGGCCCCGGCAUCCACUACUUCUUGGGUGUCCGGCUCAGAAACAUGGGCCACAGCCCUACCUUCUGGCUCGGGAACAGGGUCGUCAUCACCGACCUGCCCGGCGCGUCACUGGAGAUCUUCGGCGGCAGUCUCUACAUCAAGCAGAAUGGAGCCAGCCUCUGGUGGACGCCGUCGCCGGGCGGCAAUGUGUCGUCCGCCGCCGUGGCGGUCCUCCUCGACAACGGCAACCUGGUGGUGAGGGACCAGAGGAACUCCUCCCUGGUCCUGUGGCAGAGCUUCGACUACCCCGGCGACGCGCUGCUCCCCGGAGCUAGGCUCGGGCUCGACAAAGACACCGGGAAGAACGUCUCGCUGACGUUCAAGAGCUUCUCGCACAACGGCAGCCUCAGCGUCGACGUGACGCGCAGGAACGGGUUCGUGCUGACCACCGACGGGCACGCCAACCUCGGUACCUUCCCGGACUGGAUGGUGUCCUCUCAAGACAAUGGCAGCUCGCUGCGGCUGAGUCACAGGGAGGGCCCAAACAGUACCGAGUUCUUGCAGUUCCAUCUGGGGCAAGUCAGCCUAAUGCGGUACUCGGAGCCGGAUCCCGACGCAAACGGCACCGGCGGUUGGGCCGCUCGCUGGUCCUUCCCUCCCGAUUGCAAAUCCGGCGGGUUCUUCUGCGGCGACUUCGGCGCCUGCACGAGCAGCGGGAAGUGCGGCUGCGUCGACGGGUUCACGCCGUCGUUCCCGAUUGAGUGGGGGCUUGGGUACUUCGUCACCGGCUGCUCGAGGUCUGUCCCACUGAGCUGCGAGUCCGACGGCCAGACAGAGCACGGUGACACCUUCGCCCCAUUGGACAAGCUGCAAGGGCUUCCUUACAACGCCCAGGGAGAGAUGGCCGGAACCGAUGAAGUCUGCAGAGCGGCUUGCCGGAGCAAAUGCUACUGCAUCGCCUACUCGUAUGGCCAUGGAUGCAAGCUCUGGUACCACAAACUGUAUAAUCUGAGCUUGGCUUCUAGGCCGCCGUACAGCAAGAUCUACCUCCGAUUGGGCACCAAGCUGAGGAACAAGAAUGGCUUACAAACAAGAGGAAUUGCAUUACUGGUCACUGGAUUGAUAUGCUUUGCUUCUUUGAUACUGAUAAUAUCGGUGCUGCUAUGGAGAUUCAGGAGGAAUUCAUUUGCCGCCAGGAAGUUUGAAGUAGAAGGCCCUCUUGUGGCCUACACUUAUGCACAGAUCAAGAAAGCGACGAUGAAUUUCUCUGAUAAAAUCGGGCAGGGGGGAUUCGGAAGUGUUUUCAGGGGAACACUGCCGGGAUCAACAGACAUCGCUGUGAAGAAUCUCAAAGUCCUCGGGGAAGCAGAGAAGCAAUUCAGAACAGAGGUGCAGACAGUUGGAGCGAUCCAACAUAAUAAGCUGGUCCGUCUAUUGGGAUUCUGUGUCAAGGGGGACAGAAGGUUGCUGGUCUAUGAGUACAUGCCAAAUGGCUCCUUGGACACUCAUCUCUUUCCAGAGAAAUCUGGCCCAUUGAGUUGGAAUGUUCGGUACCAAAUUGCACUAGGCAUCGCCAAGGGUCUGGCCUAUCUACACGAAGAGUGCAAGGACUGCAUCAUACACUGCGACAUCAAACCUGAGAACAUACUGCUCGAUGCGGAAUUCUGCCCUAAGAUUGCCGAUUUCGGCAUGGCGAAGCUGCUUGGACGAGAAUUCAACUCCGCGCUGACCACCAUGCGAGGAACCAUGGGAUACCUCGCACCAGAGUGGCUAUCCGGGCUGCCCAUCACCAAGAAGGCCGACGUGUACAGCUUCGGCAUUGUGCUAUUCGAGAUCAUCUCGGGGAGAAGGAGCACCAAGAUGAUGCAGUUUGGGAGCCAUCGGUAUUUUCCUCUCUACGCGGCUGCUCAGGUGAACGAAGGGGAGGUUAUGUGCCUGCUGGAUGCUAGGCUGGAAGGCGAUGCUAACGUGAGGGAGCUGGAUGUCCUCUGUAGGGUCGCCUGCUGGUGCAUCCAGGAUCAGGAGGACGAUAGGCCAUCAAUGGGGCAAAUUGUUCGCAUGUUGGAAGGUGUCGUGGACAUUGAUAUGCCUCCAAUACCAACUUCGCUUCAGGACCUUAUGGAGGGUGAUGAACCAACUUCGCUGCAUGACCUUAUGGAGGGUGAUGAAAGUGAUGUAUAUUCUGGUUCUUGAAGGAGGUUCCUAGAGAAUUCCAAUUCCAGAUUUGUUGAAUCCGAAUCUGUGUUCAGGUCUGUUUCCAAUUCCAGACUACAAGCCCUCUGCUAGAGAGAAAAAAAAGAUAACGCCCACGGUAGUUUACAUCUCCCACACACAUCUCCCCCCACAGGUAUGGUUCAGCGUCCGUUUUGUAGUUGCAUUAAUUUAGGCAAGUUUUGCUUGAUUUUCUAUGGGGCAACGCUCUGCGCCGCCCGAUCGGCCAGCUGAACGCGGGCCGCGUCGUUAGAUCCCAUGCAACAAUUUUUUUUCGAUGCAAUAAAUUUUGUUCAUGAUGCAA